AUGCCAUUGAUUUUUUUUUACCUUCAUAUGGUUUAUUAUUCAUCCGUUGUGUUCUAAGAUUAAGGCCAUUAUAUAUAAUAUUUUGUUUACAACUUCCUGACUCAGUGACAGGCAUGCUAGUUCCCUUUAUGCUGUUCAAAAACAUGUCUUUUUUCUCCCCCUUGGUCUGACACAAGAUUUUUCGGUGAAUGAGACUCUAGCAUGGAAAGAAGGAAGUGAGUUUCUUUUCUUAUUUUGAACACCACAGUGAUGAACGAACACCCAUUUGAGGACUGUUAACGUUCCAUAUUAACAUCUUUGUUGGUUACACUUGAAGUUAGAAGCCUCAAGUGAAGUGUACUUGCAUCUUGUUCUUGGAAAAGUUCAGUUGAAUGGGGACUCAAAGAGGAAUAGCUCUUCUCAGUUUCACAUUCUUCUUGUUGUUGAGCUCAGCAAAUGCUUUGCUUUCUCCUAAGGGAGUGAACUUUGAAGUGCAAGCCUUAAUGGGCAUAAAAGAUUCUUUAGAGGAUCCACAUGGUGUUCUAGAUAAUUGGGAUGGGGAUGCAGUUGAUCCAUGUAGCUGGACUAUGGUCACUUGUUCUUCUGAAAACUUGGUCAUUGGACUGGGCACUCCAAGUCAAAGUUUAUCUGGUACUCUAUCUCCAAGCAUAGGCAACUUAACCAACCUUCAGAUUGUGCUGCUACAGAAUAACAACAUAAGUGGACCAAUCCCUUCAGAGUUAGGCAAACUUUCAAGGCUUCAAACGCUUGAUCUCUCUAACAACUUCUUCAGUGGGGGGAUUCCUCCCUCUCUUGGUCACCUAAGAAGCCUCCAGUACCUGAGAUUCAAUAAUAACAGUCUUGUUGGUGAAUGCCCAGAGUCACUGGCUAACAUGACUCAGCUUAAUUUUCUUGAUUUGUCAUACAACAAUCUUAGUGGUCCGGUGCCUAGAAUUUUAGCCAAAUCAUUCAGCAUUAUUGGAAACCCCCUUGUUUGUGCCACGGGAAAAGAGCCAAACUGCCAUGGGAUGACAUUGAUGCCUAUGUCCAUGAACUUAAACAACACUGAAGAUGCUUUACAAUCAGGCAGACCAAAAACUCAUAAAAUGGCAAUUGCCUUUGGCUUGAGUUUGGGAUGUCUCUGCCUCAUAGUUCUUGGUUUUGGACUUGUUCUUUGGUGGAGGCACAAACACAAUCAACAAGCAUUCUUUGAUGUUAAAGACCGGCACCAUGAAGAAGUCUACCUUGGAAACUUGAAGAGGUUCCAAUUCAGAGAACUCCAGAUUGCUACUAACAACUUCAGCAGCAAAAACAUACUGGGAAAGGGUGGUUUUGGAAAUGUCUACAAAGGAGUUUUCCCUGAUGGCACUCUUGUGGCUGUCAAGAGGCUUAAAGAUGGUAAUGCCAUUGGAGGAGAGAUUCAAUUUCAGACCGAAGUUGAAAUGAUCAGCCUAGCAGUGCACCGAAACCUCCUCAGACUGUAUGGAUUUUGCAUGACACCAACGGAAAGGCUCUUGGUUUAUCCAUACAUGUCCAAUGGCAGUGUUGCUUCCCGUCUCAAGGGUAAGCCAGUGCUGGACUGGGGCACAAGGAAGCACAUUGCUUUAGGAGCAGGAAGAGGACUACUUUACCUUCAUGAGCAGUGUGAUCCAAAGAUAAUCCAUAGGGAUGUGAAAGCUGCCAACAUAUUGCUUGAUGACUAUUAUGAAGCUGUAGUUGGAGAUUUUGGGUUGGCAAAGCUUUUGGAUCACCAAGAUUCACAUGUCACAACUGCAGUGAGGGGCACUGUGGGGCAUAUUGCCCCAGAGUACUUAUCCACAGGACAAUCCUCUGAGAAGACUGAUGUUUUUGGAUUUGGCAUUCUCCUCCUUGAAUUGAUCACAGGCCAAAGGGCUCUAGAGUUUGGAAAAUCAGCUAACAACAAAGGAGCCAUGCUUGAUUGGGUAAAGAAAAUUCAUCAGGAGAAAAAGCUUGAUAUGCUAGUAGACAAGGAUCUCAAGAACAACUAUGACAGAAUUGAGCUUGAGGAAAUGGUUCAAGUGGCUCUCUUGUGUACUCAAUAUCUUCCCGGCCAUAGACCAAAAAUGUCUGAAGUGGUACGCAUGCUUGAAGGUGAUGGACUAGCAGAAAAAUGGGAAGCUUCUCAAAGAGUUGACACAACAAAGUGCAAACCACAAGAGUCCUCUUCAUCAGAUAGGUAUUCUGAUCUCACUGAUGACUCUUUGUUGUUAGUCCAAGCCAUGGAACUCUCAGGACCCAGGUGAAUUAAUGUCUAAUAGAACAUUUUUAUUUUUGUUUUAAAGGUUUUUAAAAGAAAGCAUAUGAAAUUCAAGAGCAUAUGAUAGUUGAAUCUUUGUUAUAAAUCCCUUGAAGAAGAUUAUAAUGUUGUAUGAUAGAGAUCUACCGAAGCUGCAAAAAAAACGGCUUUGGUAAUGUUUACUUUCAAAUGUACAGAAUCUGAUUCGUUGAAUGUUAAUUUUGUAAUGCAAAUUUUGUAAUAUUGUUGAAAAUGAAUGAAGCCUGUAUUGGUUUUGCACUGAAA